AUGAUGAUUUCAAUAUACCUGCAGGAGAUUGGUUUAACAGAUAUACAGAGCAAAUUUACAUUUGGUAAAAGAAUUUUGACAGAAAAUGACACUAAAUGGUGUGGCAAAGGAGACAGGGCCAAUAACUAUGAUGAUCUUGGAAAGUUGGACCAGUUAGACAGCUGCUGCAGAACUCAUGACUAUUGUCCUAUAUCUAUUAAAUCGUUUGACACGAAAUAUGGAAUAUUGAAUAUAGGAAUUUCUACAGUGAGCUCUUGUGAUUGUGACGAUGUCUUUUUUAAAUGUCUUAAAUCAGUAGAUGGAAGUCAAAAGAAUGAUGCAAUCGCCGUGGGCAUUUCGUACUUCAAUGUGCUGCACCCAAAAUGCAUAAAAAAGGAAACGAAAUGUGUACUUAAAAUAUGGGGCCGCUGUGUUCAUAAGUCGUCAGGCUAUAACCUUUUCUCUGGAAGAUGGUGGACAUAGUUUGGACGAUUACAUCGACAAUAGAUAUUUUUCCCUCUGUAAAUGAAUCAUGAACUGAGCUUCAUUGAAAGACUAUAAUUUAUUCUAAAUUGAUAAAAAAAAAUCAUUUUUUUAAAUAUCACAAUCUUUAUUGAAUUCUUCUUUUUAAGAUCUUUAAAUUUUUACUAUUAAAUGUCUCUUUUUUCAAUAAAAGCCUUCUUUUGAAA